GAUUAGUCGCCAUAAUGUGCCUCUAAGCAAAGUAUUUCAGUGCAAAUACUAUAAUGUGUGUAAAUAAAGUUCAGCAGCAAUUAAAUACAUGUGAGAGUGUUAAACACGGAGCCCUGAAUGACUCAAUCUCUGUCAGUGCCUCACAGCCGGGUUACAGGGAGCACUGCCAUAAACCCCUCCCCCCUCCCCUUUUCCUUUAUAUCUCGGCGCUCAGGUGCGGCUCCUCACAAGGUGUUUGUGCCACAGAGAGAUGGAGCAGCAGCGCAGCGACACCGCGGGGAAUGUGGAAAUGGAACCACUGGCAAAUGGCUCUCGAACCCCUCCCCACGACCCUGAACUUCCAGAGAACCCCCUGGCCAGGGAUGAUGUAGAACAGGGGGGGAAGCUGAAGCCCUGGAGUCGGUGCAGACAGGUAUGUCAAGGCAGAAGAAAAUGGCACUGGACAAUAGGGGGGAUUUCUAGUAUGUUCAUCAUCAUCAUCCUCAUCACAGUCGUAUGCAAGCCUCCAGCAGGUGCCCUGGCUCAGAACAAUAAUGGGACAGUUACCGAUGGAGAGACAGUUGGCAAUGGAAGGACAGUUCCCGAUGGAGAGACAGUUCCCGAUGGAGAGACAGUUCCCGAAGGAGAGACAGUUCCCGAUGGAGAGACAGUUCCCGAUGGAGGCAAUGAGACUGCUACAGACUGUGAGAGACUGGUUUAUGUAUCCGACAGUGAUGGCUUCUUCCAGUCCAGCUACGAUUCCUGUGCCAGCAAAGGACAUGAACUACUGCAAUGGCACCAUAUAGAGCCAAUGAGACGCUGUAUUCCCACAGGAGAGGAUUUCUGGAUUUCUGGCCAACAUCAUUGUGAGCAGUGCCCGGUGUACAACACUCACAACGGAGUUUUUUAUUUGGAUUUCACCACAAUGCGACGGUUCCUCUGUGAUCCACGAUCAGCAGCACCAACUGAUGGCCAAUAAUAACCGUACGGCAGCAGGAGAGGAAACCUUGGACAAUGGAAGGGCAGAAACUGUAACAACCAUCGUGGGAAAGGAAAUAUGUU